CCGAAGACAUAUAUAUCACCCCUAAAGUAUAUUUUAAUGAUAAAUUAGAAGGAAUGGAUAAAUGCCACUUUCUACUUAUUUACAAUGGUAGAUUGACUCCUCUAAGAGAUAAUAAACCCCCAAACGAGCUGAAAUUGGCAAAGAGUUGUUGAAAUGUGAUUGUGUUGACAUGGUUCCCGGAUUAUUUACACGGCGAACAAAUGAACACAGGACUAAAAUCACAAUGAAAAUAUUUUAAAAUCACCCGAUUGGAGGGUUGAUAAAUAAAUUGUUUUCUAUGUUUAUUUGUUUAGACUUAUAGGACAUGAUAUGAUUGUAAUGAUGCCCUCUUUUACACCUAUUCUGUUAAGAAUAAACAAACUACCUGACAUCGGAAUAAUGAUAUCUUUAAUUGUAAAUAGAUUGGAGUGUUUGAGGAUUUUGCGUCGUGUCAUAUAGGUAGGAUCAAUGUUGUUUUCUUAAUCACGAAUCAACAUCGUUAGUAGACGUCCCUCACUGGAAUUAUAGCGGGGCAAUACCCGAGCAAAACGUUCUGACUGAUUUGUUAUUUUCUACAUUUAAUAUAAAAAAGAAAAGCACUUCAUAUUUCAAUAAAAAUCGUAAAUAGUCCAAUCUACAUUAGCAUUUUUUUUUUAUCUGUACAACAUUGUUCGUAUGUUCAUGUACAUUCAUCCCAGCUUACAAAAUCUUUAUUCUUAUACAAUAAACACAUGUCUAACUAAAUGUAGCAUUUUACGUCACCGAAGCCAAUAUGAAUUUUAAGGAAAUGAUACAUCGUGUAGAUUGAAUGAAACAUACCGUAUAAAUAGAUUAAUUGAUAUAAUUGUUUUUUUUUUCCUUUUUGUUAACGUUGAUGUAUUAAAUUUCAUUUCAUUACUUCAGUUUGAUAUCAAUAGGACGCCAUAUUUUUUUUUUUUUUUUUUUUUACAUUGAAAUGUCGAUAGAUACAUUGUAUUUAAUACCAUUUUCAAAUUUUAUUUGUACAGCAGUGCAUAAUGAUAUAUUUCAUUCAACUUAUAUUGCAUUUGAAGUUUUCAAUAUCAACACAAUGAUAUAUUAUUAUCUCUUUAAAAAUUCUAAAUUUCAAUAUUUUGAACUUUGAAUUUGCUUGAAGAAAAAAAAAAAGAAAGUUAAAUGCAAAAUUAGAAGAAAGAAAAUUACGAUAUCUGCAAGAAUACAAUUUCAAAUUACGUCGUUAUUAUUUAUUGUUAAGUCAGGUUUUUAGGGACUAACAAUUACAUGGGUUCAUCCUGCUGCCCAAUUCCAUUCAGAAUUGAAUAAAAUAUUGUUUAAAUUAAAUUAAUUCAGGUUUCCAAAUUGAUGUUCAUAAUAAACGUAGUGCAUGAAAAUAAGUAUUUAUGAAAAUUUACAUCGAAAUAUUAUUGAAUUUUUAACACAAUAUUCAGGUUUCUAAUUUCUGUCCGAUCAUAUUUCAGAAGAACAUGGCAUACCUACCUAUAUCUUUAUCAGCAUUUGAUCGGAAUGUUAUCAUUUCAAGAUCAUGUUUUAACGGUAUGAAAAGAAAGCGCAUAAAAUAUUAAAGUCUGUUUGCCUGUUAAUCACAUGAUCUGUAAGGCAUGUUGUGCAAUAAAUAUUACAAGGGAUGGCAAGUUUUGCAAAUAACUGAUAAAGGGGCGGAGUUUCAAUCAUUCGCCGUUCUGAUUGGCUAUCGUAUGUGAUUCUUUUUGCUCUAAAGAGUUUUAACAAAUGUUAUUGGCGCUUAAUCCCUUGUUGCUUGAAGGACUGACAUAGAAAUUUUGUGUUUAAAUCAAAACUACACCCUUUUGACAAAUUUUUAAACUGACAUUAUCCGAACAAUCACUGAAGUAGAUAUUAGGACAAAGGACCUGUGUGUAUGCGUUCGGUAUUAGUCCUGAAAUUGUUGGAAAAGUUUCGGAUGACACUUUGUUGACGCUAAGAAGAAAAUUGUUUCUUUUAAGACCUUCGUAUAUAAAUUCUCCAAACAGAGGAAAACAUUCUAUUUUUGCUUGUGGACGAACAUUGAAACUCCGGGGAAAAUGCAACACUUCCCCUAUCCGUAUUCAGCUGAGCAGCUUGCAUGUCUGCGGAACUACCAGAUAGGUCUUUUAGCGGCGUCCUCUCGUAGCAACAACUCCACCUUGUUCACCAUUGACAACAUCCUCUCCCCAAGGCCACUCAGCAUCCAGCAGACGACACCUGAAGUUCGACCGUCUCCGUACUCCAUCUCUCACCUCACACAACUCCAGCGAGACUAUUAUGCCCGAUACCAGCAUCCUUUCCAAGGUUUGUUCAAUUCAUUUGAUUUUGACAAACUGGGACAAAAACGGAAAAGACGACAUCGGACCAUAUUCACUGAAGAACAACUCGAGGAGCUGGAAAACACCUUCCAAAAGACACACUACCCGGAUGUCAUGUUACGGGAGGAACUCGCCAUGAAAGUAGACCUAAAGGAGGAAAGAGUAGAAGUUUGGUUCAAAAACAGGAGAGCAAAAUGGAGAAAACAGAAAAGAGAAGAAGAAUUAAGUAAAACACGGGCGAAAUCAAGCAAUUCCAAUGAGAAAAGCGAACAAAGCAAAGACAAAGAUUCUUCGGAACCCUCCGCAUCAAAUUCUUCGGAAGGUCUCGACGAUGUGGAGGUAUGUGUUGACGAUGACGUAAGUGAAGACUGUGCUAAUUCCAGCGCUGCAUUUAGUGAAAGCAGCUUCUCUACGAGUUCAGACGACGAGUCCGAAAACGUUGUAAAUUACAAAAAAGCAAAUAUUUCCGAUCAGACGAACUGUAAUCAGUCAUGUGAACAAAGUGUUGGUACGCCAUCUAGCGGUAGGGACCAAAUUUCAGACAGUUCAAUAAAUUCAAUCCACACAGCGAACUCUGAGGACAGUGGUAAUACGGAAUGACAGCUCCGGGUUAUUCAUGUGGGUCUGCUUGGAAACUAGAAGCUGAAGAUUGUCUUUAUGCCAGUAUUUCUACUCUGUCAUCGAAGGUCUUAUUUAUUGUUACCCUGCAGUCAGUUGGAUAGCAUAGCAGACAUUAGAACGGGGUGAACCGGAUGGUUUACACAUCGUUCAGUAGAUUUAGUCACGUGUCACUUUGUUGGGCACAUGCAGUUGAAAAUGUUGUGAGAUGCCAAAAUUAGAUUAUGAUUGUUGUUUAAUAAAUUGACAUAAAUAUACAGUU